AAAAAAAAAAAAUUGGCCUUUAUUUAGUUUAGUUGUACUUUUGUUGUUAGAUUAGAGUUUGUUAUGCUGCAUCCUAAAAUUACAAUUCAAAAAGCAUGAUUGUUUAUAUAUUUCAUCCACAUAAAAAAAUAUGUCUGAUUAGAUUUGCAAGAUUUUACUUCUUAGUGUUGAUUUUUGCAACAUUUAACCUGCUUGCAUUUUUAUUUCACAAUUAAAACCUAUGUCAUCCAGAUUAAUUGGCUGUUUCCUGAUUAUGUGGUCGACUUGCCAUUUUUCAUGUGCCGGUAUUUAUACCAAUGGAACUCACACACACACACACACACACACACCUACAUAUCUUUACGAACACAAGUGAUCAUACCAGCGAUAUAACCAGAAAGUAUGUUUAAAAAAAAAAAAAGAUCAAAUAAUAAAGAAAGUUAAAUCAACUAACUCAUUAUGUAUUUGUGUCAUGAUUUUUAAAUACCUCAUUAUUUGGAUGAAUUAAUAAAACCGCAUCGGUGUAAUCAUGAAAACUACCGACUACAACCAGCGGGGGCGCUGUCGCUGUCUCAACCGAUAUGCUGACCGGAAGUACUGUGAACGGGCGGGAAGUUAAAAGUUUGUGUAUAUUGGAUUAAAACAUAUUGCCAUUACUAAGUAACUUCUGCAUAACGUUAAUAAAGUAAAGCUGCAUCUUCCACGCGAGCAGGGUAAGUUAAAGGACCCAAAUGAGCUAAAUGUGGUCAACUACUCGAGUUAACGACGCUAGCUGACACGAACAGUAGCCUGUUAGUGGUGCUAGCUAGCUAACUGAGCUCGCUACGAGUUGUUUACUUUCUGUUGCCUGUCAGGAUGGCGGACAGAAACCUUGUGUUGGAAUUAAAACGUUGGGCGACGGAGGAGUUCAAUCUGCUCCCGGACAGUCUUCCGAAUGACGGCUACUUUAAAACGCUUUGUAUCGGGACAGGAAAGUCGAUAUGGAAAUAUGUCAUCCAACACGUUUUUCAACAGAGGAACGCGCGGAUCAUGCGUGGCAAUCUCCAGUGGUACAAAGUUCUACAAGACAAAGAGUUGAAGCAGGCUGAGGGCCAGAGUGAGGCUGCUAAGCAGAGAGAGCUUCAGAGGAAGAUAGAGCAACUGAGAGCAGAGAUCAGUCACUUGGACUCUCAGAUCGUUGGAACGGAAGAACAGUUGGCUACACAAGAGCAGUCCAUCAGUUGUACCUGGGCCCAGGUGGAGGACAGUCAGCGCAGAGAGCUGCUCUUGCAGGCAUUCAGGCAGCGCUGCAUCUUAGGCCGCAAGGUGCUCUCUGGUGACACGCAAAAGAUCAAUGGACACUGCCAGGCCAUGGAACAAAUAGCCAGGAAAGCAGAGAUUGAGGUGCUGUUUGAUAAUAAGUCCCCCAGCAGCAGUGAUGGUGACAACUUCGACUCUCAAGUCGCGGCAGAGGCACAGGUCCUGCGUGAAGUAAGAGAGCUGUGUGACGACAGGGUCCACUUCUAUCAGUCUUUACAAGAGAGUGAACUGAAAACGGCGCACUCUGCAUUCAAACAUAUGACUCGUGAACAAAGGACUGCUGUGUUUCAUUAUUGGCUGAGUGCUGUUGAGAACAUGUUGGGCGGUUAUCCUCCAAACCAUGUCCUCUCCGCUUUGCAGUAUUUAGCAUCCAGAGAGCAGAAGGAACUAGAGGAGAAACUAGCCUCUCUGGAUGUGACGCAGGAUGUGACAGCUCUACGGUUCCGCUAUGAAAGCAAUCACCUACUGGACAUGUCAGCAGAAGAGGACAAUGAGUUGCCAUCGGUUAAGACCCUCCUAGAGGAUGCUUGGGAAGAGGUGGAGCAGAGUUUGGUGGAACUGGCCAAGACUCGCUCCAGAGUCCAGCAGCUCCAAAACCAGCUCCAGGCCCGCAAGAAGAAGGCUGAGCAGGAGGUGUCUGGCAUUACGGAUGAGCUCCACGACGCCUUGGCACUGUCGGCUCUAGAUGUGGAACUUCAGUGUGUGAUGCAGGCAGCAGCCAGGGAUCAAAUCAGAGAGCGGUGUAUCCAACUUGACCAGCAUGCCAGAAGCCGACAGGAGGCGCUUAGGAACCUCCACAGCCAGUGGCAGAGCAUCCUUGACUUCAGACAACAAGUGGUUCUCAGACAGGAGCAUAUCAGAGGUCUGAUUAAGGGGAACUCAACAGCCAAGACAGCGCUUAUUCGUCUGCACACAGAGUUACAGGAAUUUGUCCGGGGCAAACUGGUGCCACAGUUUGAAGUGGUCACCACUGCAGCCAGCAGUCAAAGAAACUCCAUUUCCAAGGAGGCCAGACAGUUGGGAACGAUUUCGCUUCUUGCUUUGGACUGUAGAUCUGUUGAUGGAAUGCAAAGGAUCCCUGCAUCGUGGUUGUCCAUCCAUCGCUUGCAAUCCCCGACCUUUAGCAGCUUGUGUCAGAACCUGGCAUUCCCACUCUACAGGGCUCCAGAGGAGUUGUGUUCCCAGGCGCGCUCCCAGCAGCUUGAGUUACGUUUUCUCCGUCAGUCACUGCAACUCCACUCGGCUACUUUGAGGAAAAUUCAGAAGGAAACAGAGUUGCUGCAUGCACCCGAUCAAAAAGCUCUGCUGUCCAGAGUCCUGGAAGAGGAUCAGAAGCUUCUGGAGGCUCAUGUACAGAGAGUCAGAUGCCUCAACCAACAUUGCUCCCAAGGCCUUUCUUACGGGGUCCAAGUCAAAACGGCCAUCUCUUACUGGUGGGAUCGGCCAGCCCAGCAUGUGCUGCCUGAUGUCAGUAAAGGAGGACUGACUUUUCAACAGUGGCUACAAAGGUGGAAACUUACUGCCAAAGCCUCUUAGGGGGCGACUCAUCCUUUAGAGAAUCGGAAGGAGAUCCUUUACCGCACCUUUCAGUGGCAACAUGACGAUGCUACUAUAGUUGUAAAAUGCACACUUCUUUUAUUCCCCUCUGUUUUUCAUGCUCGUUACUUCACUUGAUGUUUUAACCAUGUGAAAGUCCGUCACCAAUAAAUCAUUUUAGAAUCCAA